AAAUUUUAUUACUAAAUAAAAUUAGAAAGAGUACAGCACAACCCUUAAAAACACCAUUCACAUUCUCACAAGCCUGCCCUGUGAAUCGGAAAUUGGAGGGAUAAUUUUGCAGUAUUCGGCCUUUAACGAUAUGUUUUCACUUUAACUUUGUCUCUCCCAACUCUUCUUCGCCUAUAAUAUUUUAUUUUUAUUUUUCUGAGAGGCAAGGGUUUUGGCAUCGACUGAAAUUAUUAUUAUUAUUAUUGUCAGCAAAAUGAGUGAUAGAGAAGAUUCUCCAGAUUGGCUCCGCGCUUUUCAGGCCCCUGCGGCGAUAACCUUGUCAUCCGAUUCUGAAUCUUCCUUAGAUGAUAAACAUCUAAGUGAUGAUGAGGAUGGCAUCAAUCUGAGUAAGCUGUUUCAGAAGGAUAAAACAUCACUUUCAGAGGCCAAAAGCAGUGAAGAUGGGCAUGAAUCUCAGCUAACAAAGAUGUGUGAAGUAAAUUCUCCAAUUAAAAAAGUAGAUCGCACACCUACUAGGAAGAGAAAGAAGGAAAAUCAGAGUGAAAAAGAAGGAAAAAGCACCGACAAGGGUUCCGCGAAGAGAAAAGCGUUGGAGAAGCCUUUUACAGAUAAAGAAUCUGGUCAUCCAGUCUGUGCGUUGUCAUCGGAUUCUGAGUCUUCUCAUGACGGGAGUUCAAUAAAAGCAGAGGAAGUCCUUGACAAAGAUUUGCUUAUGCACGAUGCUAAGGCUAUUAAACAAGAAGAAAAUGAUGAACUGUCCAAGAAAAAAUCUCCUAAGAAAAAAGCCAAGAAAGGGGAACAGGAAAAGAAGGUAAAACUAGAGAAUCAGGUGAAUGAAGAGAAAGAAGACCUGGAUGCUGUGGAGGAAAAUAUUCCAGAGAAACAAAGUGGACAAAAUUUGUCAUCUUCAAGGCUGCCUUUGGUGCUUCCCGAGAAAGUACAAAGGACAAAGGCACUGGUGGAGUGUGAAGGUGAUUCCAUAGAUCUGAGUGGUGAUGUGGGUGCUGUUGGGAGGAUAAUUGUUUCAGAUGGUCCAUCAGGAAACCAUGAAAUGCUUCUCGAUUUGAAAGGAACCAUAUAUAAAACAACAAUAUUGCCUUCCAGGACGUUUUGUGUGGUAAGCUUUGGACCAUCAGAAGGAAAGGUGGAGGCCAUCAUGAAUGACUUUAUACAGCUGAAGUCACAUUCAAAUCUUUAUGAUGCUGAAACCAUGGUUGAAGGGACUCUUGAUGGUUUCACUUUUGAUUCGGAUGAGGAGGCUGAUAAUUUGCCACGACAAGCUUCCCAAGGCGACCAGAAUGAGAAUGUUGAUAAUCAGACCAAUGGGAAUGUCAAAGCAAAAACUAAGAAAGCAUCGGCUAUGGAACAAAAGAAGGGCAAGAAGGGAGCGAAGACACCAAAGAAAGUACAAAAGAAACCUCAAGCGCAGAAGAAAAGCAAGAGCAAAAAAUAAGAUAUGACUGUACAUCAUUUCAAUCGUUAUGUAUUCUCAUUGUUUUCUUUUCCCAUUUUCGUUCUUUUCUCUUCUGCGUCUGUCUACUCAUUCUGGUCAUAAUUUUUUUAAAGCUAAUGAAAGUGUCGUAGGAAACUAGAUAAUUGCUAGGGGCCACACAAUAUGCAUUAUUUGAAAGAUUUUCGCAUGAUGAUCCUCCAUAUUACCAUCACUGCGUAUGUUGUUGUUGUUGUUGUAUUACCAUAAAAGUUCUAUCCUCUGGGGAGCUUCAAUCUCUGAAUGUGAUAUACUUUUCCUUUGUA